AUGUUGUUGCAGAUGGUGGGCCACGUGUCAGGGGCGCACGUGAACCCCGCGGUGACGCUGGGCCGCCUGCUGAGGGGCGGGUUCGGCGCGUGGGCAGCGGCGGGCUACCUGGUGGCGCAGCUGGCCGGCGCCCUGCUGGGCUACCGGCUGCUCCUGGCGGUGACGCCGUCUUCAGCAUCGUGCGAGUGCACUACCGUGCCCGCGGCCGCACUGUCGCCUCUGCAGGCGCUCCUGGUGGAGGCGGCUGGAACUGCGGGUCUGGUGCUGCAGUGCCACGCCUCCUGGGAUGGUCACCAAGCGGGCGUUGCCUCGCUCCAGUUCGGCUUCUACAUGGCGGCCAUCUCCCUAGCGUUGGGUCCUUACACAGGAGGCAGCCUAAAUCCAGCAAGAUCACUGGCUCCUGCCUUCUGGACGGGCAUCUGGACCUAUCACUGGGUCUACUGGGCGGGCCCGCUGCUCGGCUCCGUCGCGGCGACGCUGCUCUACUUGCUGCCACUGGGUGGGCGGGCCUCCGCUGCCGACGCCCCUCCUGCCGCCACUCCCAGCAAUGACAACAAGGCGCCAGUCGGCGGCAAGUGCAUCGUUCCUGCUGUCUGCCUCUAGGGCCUGGAGUCUAGAGCCUAGAGUCUAGGAUCUAGAGCCUAGAGUCCAGAAUCUGGGAUCUAGAGCCUAUAGUCUAGAGUCUAGGGUUUGGAGCUUAUGGUCUAGAACCUACAGUCUAGAGCCCAGGGUCUAGAGAGUAGGGUCCAGAGACGAGCGUCUGGAGUCUAGUGUGGCGUCCGAAGGCAGCAUCGGGCCUCACUAGCCGAGUUCUUCCACCAGCUGUGGUCCCUUGGGCUCUGCUAAUGGUGUCGUGUUCCAGAGACACGAUUUCGAAUAAGAUAAUGCAGAGGAUGAAGCAACAAUUGCGAAAUAAGAGAAAAGAACAUAGUGUCUCGCAUUUUGCGAUGAGAUUUCAGUGCCUUCUACGUACUAAUAUUUAUUUUAUUCCGUAUCUACUUCUGUACUUUGCUAGAAGUUGUACACUGCACAGUGGAGGGUACUUGCCGUGCAAUUGAAAGACUUGCGUCA